CUCCAUCCACCUAAGAAGAAGAAAAAAAAAAAAAUUUACACAAUGAGCUCCAACGACAGAGACCAACACUGGUUCAACGAUCACCAACACCACCACACGUUCUGGCCAAAUCCUUCUUCUUACAAUCUCAACAGCAAGAUCAUGCUCGCCGCCGUGGUCUCUUUAUCAGUACUUAUCAUCAUCGUCUUCACUUAUCAUCUCUACGCAAGAUUCGUUCUCCGCCGCCGUAGAGAAGCUUUCAAUGGCCUCCCCGUCGUUUCACGCCAACCUUUUCAGGCGCCAAAACGUGGCCUCAACGCAACACUGAUCGCUUCUCUGCCUACUUUCACCGUUGGAACCAUCAGUGACGUGGUGGCUGCUACUGAAUGUGCUGUGUGUCUCAGCGUGUUGGAGGAGCAAGACACGGCGAGAGAGCUUCCGAAUUGCAAACACAUGUUCCACGUCGACUGUAUUGACACGUGGCUCACUAGUUGUUCCACUUGCCCUGUUUGUCGGACUGAAGUUCAGCCAAGGCCGAGACUUGAGCCUGAGCCGAGAGAAGGACCAGUCGGCGACGGUGCUGCACCGCCGUUGUUGGAGGAAGUUAGGGUGAAUUUGACGGCGGAGGCUGCAGCAUCUUCUUCGUCCGGUAACAAAACAGUUGGCUCGUCUGUUUCGCGAUUGAAUUCGUUUAAGAGGAUCUUGACAAGGGAAAGAUCUUCGAACAUGAUCAAUCAUUCUUGUGUUGACCAAGAUCAUGUACCGGAUCUUGAUAGACAUUGAGUCAAACAUAGAGAUACAUACUCUGCAUAUAAAUCAUACAUACAUGGAUAAUCUUUAAUGUAUACUAUUACUCCUUUUUUGUACUAAAUCUCUGUUUUUUUUUUUUUUUGUUGAUAUAUUUUUGUGUGAUGUAACACUGCUUAUAUGUUAGUCAAAAGAUACAUAUUGAUUAAUGUUGAUACUUUUCUAGUGAACUCUUCACCUUGGUAAGAGAGUAGAGAGCUUAAGUAUCAAAGAUCCAUUAAAGAUGCAGAAACAUUUGUAAUUACAUAAAGCUGAGGAUUGGGGAAAGGAAGAGAUCAAAAAAUGUUUCCUUCAAUCCCCAAGCGGUAGCUAAUGAUGAUGAAGGAUCAGUGUCAUCGUCACACUGUGGCUUAAAAUGAUGAAGGUCAACGUUGAGCUGCCGAAUAUCCGUCUUGCUCGGCUUAAAUCAGAGUAAUCUAAUGCAGUUGUUCUCUGCUUUGAGGUGGCAUCCGAGAUAUUGCCAUUGUUCAAUUCCUUAGCUAUUGAUAUGCUCAAUGUUACGUAGCCCUAUGGAGAAUGAGAACGUUUCAGAUGAUUUGCCUUUAAUAGCUUUUGCAACUGCAAAGUAAUUGAUACGAAGAAUACAUUUGCCAAGAUCAAAAGCAACCCUCGAGAAAAAUGAAGUAACUUUCAUCCUUCUAUAGCCAGAAACUAAUGAAUAGAGCUACUCAUGAUUUCAACCAAAAGCCAUCAAACUAUAAAUUAUUUAUGACAUUUUUGAAAAGAGCCUCAGAUCGACCAAAAUUGCUCCAAACAGCCUGAAACUAACACACGAAU